AUGGCGAAGCGAAUGUGCUGUGUCUUGUUGCUAUGAAUGUUAAACCUUAAUUUAGUGGAAAAAAGUCGGUGAAAGGGGAUAAAACUUUCUCGAUGUCCCAAACUCGUUUUCAUCUUAAGCUGGAUGAUUCUGCUUGUUCAUCUAUUGAUCAAUAUCUUGAAUAUCGAAGGAUUGUUGGUGAUGACGAUGAAGGAAAACUGUUUACACCAGAGCAAUAUGAAAACUACAAGAAAAUUGUUUUACCCAAAAGAAUGAAGAAUCGUCUGUACGUAAGCUGGACUGAACCUGGGGGAUUGGAUUGUAAAUUAAUUGGUCCUGAAACUCUUUGCUUUUGUAGGCACAGAUACAAACAACAUAAAACAGAUCUAGAUGAUAUUCCUAUUGACCGUCCCAUAUUACUGCCUUGUCGUGUGCCUGGUUGCAGAUGCUCUUCUUACCACUAUGUACCUUUAAAUGGUAGCCAACCCAUUCGCUGUGUGUGUAAACAUUAUUCUGACGAUCAUUCUGUAAGCAAGCCUUAUAAAUGUCUAAAAGGAUGUUCAUGCAAGAGAUUUUGGAGUGCUUUUACCUGUAGUUGCGGGAAUCCAGCUCAUGCGCAUAAGACAAUUGUUGAGACAAAAGAUGAACGCGAGGCGCGUGGUCAUCCUGUGGGUGAUGAUGUACCAUAUGCAGCAAUGGGGGGUAUUACUGGAUUUAGUUCACUUGCAGAAGGCUACAUGAGACUGGAUGACAGUGGCAUUGGCAGGCUAUCUAGAGACCAGCUUGAGAAACCUAUUGGAUCAGAAGAUCGUUCAUUUAUACGAGCUCACUAUAACAUGGCUAGCAUGUCUUUGGAAGAAAGGAAUAAUUUGCAAGAUCGUGGGAUGACUAAAGAAGAAAUUGAUAUGGCCCACUUUGAAAAACGUUAUCAAGAGCGGUUAAAAGCAGAACGAUCAAUGGCGAGAGCAAAAACUCGGGAAAACGGAAAGAAAACGUCUACAAAGAAUCGAUAGUAAAGUACGAUUGAAACUUACUCAUAUUUUUAUAUAACGCUGCAAAUGUAAAGUUUGAGACUUAUAUAGGGUUUUACACGACGGUCUAGUAUUUAUUUACACAUCAUAUUUAUGUAAUGGAGUCUUUUCCGAUGAAAACUUUUUAUGAUAUUUGGAUUACUAGUUAUCAUGCAAUUGAAUAAUCGACUAACAUUUUACAAGCUUUAUUAAGCAUUAUAUAGUUACAUAAAAAGUCCAGAACGAACAAAGUGUUUUGAUAAAUGCCCUUGGAAAAUAAAAAAUUAUGAUGUAUCUUCACAAAAUCAAAUCAAACUGAAUCAAACAAACAAGAGAAAGUCAAAUCUAACCAUUGCGUACCCUGUUUGUACAGGUUAAAAGAUCUGAUUUAUGUAAAAUAAAAGUUAUACAAAUA